UCGUACAUCUUAGGCGCGCCGAUCGCCGCCUUUGUAUUUCUGCCCGUUUUCUAUAGACUCAAAGUUGUCUCCAUUUACGAGUAUUUGGAGCACCGGUUCGACCGCAGGGUCCGAAUGGCAGCCUCUUUGGUCUUCACGUCUCAAAUGAUAAUCUAUAUGUCGAUUGUCUUAUACGCGCCGGCAUUAGCUCUCAAUGCGGUGACCGGACUGUCCAAAUGGACGGCUAUAUUAUCUGUUGGUAUAGUUUGUACGAUCUAUUGCACGAUUGGAGGCAUCAAAGCUGUCAUUUGGACGGAUGUGUUUCAAUCAUUUCUGAUGUUCACCGCAAUGAUUAUUAUUGUGGUUAAAGGCGUGUAUGAUGUCGGAGGGGUCGACGUUGUCUGGGAAAGGGCUCGACUUACCGAUAGAUUGCAAUUUUUUAACUUAGAUCCAAAUCCGAUGAUAAGACAUACGUUUUGGUCGCAAACAAUCGGAGGAAUCUUCAUAUAUGUCUCGCUUUAUGGUGUCAACCAAACACAAGUUCAGAGACUAUUAACUCUUAAGAGUUUACAGAAAUCUCAAUUAGCCCUCCUAAUAAGUUGGCCGAUCACCACAUUGUUGGCCUUAAUAACAGCAUUCACCGGUUUAACCAUUUUUGCCAAUUUCUGGAAAUGUGAUCCACUCAUCACACAUCAGAUUUCAAAAUCAGAUCAAUUGUUGCCAUAUUUUGUUAUGAAAUCGUUGUCGUCAUAUCCAGGUCUUCCAGGUGUCAUAAUUGCCGGCAUUUUUAGCGGCGCUCUGUCUUCGGUGUCAUCUUUCGUCAACUCUUUGGCUGCCGUUUCGUUAGAAGAUUACGUGAAAAUUUAUUUCGGGAAUCGAUUGUCGCAAAAGUCCGAAACAUUAAUCUCCAAACUAUUGGCGCUAUUUUAUGGCCUCCUCUGUGUGGUGAUGACUGUAGUGGCCGACCAAAUGCCUGGUCUACUGCAAGCCUCGCUCACCAUCUUUGGAGUGGUCGGCGGACCACUGCUUAUGUUAUUCACGGCCGGCAUGUGUUGUCCAACUUGUGAUUCUUCAGGCGCUUUGACCGGAUUUAUCGUUAGUCUCGUCGUUGGCUUUUGGAUUGGGUUUGGAAAUACAUUCUACGGAACAAAAGCCAUACCUCUGUCUCAAUCCAUAGAAGAAUGUCCGGACAUAGGCUUCAAUUCAACUCAAAUCCCGUCACAAUCAGCACCGGGUGUUGAAAACAAUUCGUUUUCCAUGUAUAAUCUCUCGUAUAUGUGGUUCGCAGCCUUCACAUGGAGUAUAGGUCUCAUCGUUGCAGUAAUUGUUAGUAAACUUAAUCGGCGAUCAAAUCCAGUGAAUCAAACACUUUUGGCACCGUUUCUGCGAAAUGAACUCAAUUGUGAUCCAAAUCCUAUCGACGAUUCGGCUAAUUGUUCGCUAAAAAAUAGCUUAAAAUUAAGUGAACUU